AUGAGAGCUUUCGGAAAUCGUCUUGCGCUUACACAUUUGCCAGCCAUGGUGGCCACCUACAACCAAGGGACCCGAGCCAGUGAGCUUGUGCGCCAGUACGCCCCCCAAAUCGCUGGAAAGAUUAUUCUCAUUACGGGUGUCUCUCCCGGAAGCCUGGGCGAAAGCUUUGUAAAGCAAGUCGCCGUGGCACAGCCUGCUAUGUUCAUCCUCGCUAGCCGCUCGAUCUCCAAGGUGCAAAACCUCAUCGACGAGCUAGCCACAGCAUACCCAAGCGUCAAGGUCAAGCCACUCUACCUCAAUCUCCUCUCGUUUGACGACGUCCGGGAAGCGGCUGAGACAGUCAAUUCCUGGACUGACGUGCCUCACAUCGACAUUCUGGUCAAUAACGCUGGCAUUAUGGCGGUGCCAUACAAGCUGACCGAGGACGGUUACGAAAGCCAAUUCCAAACAAACCACCUCAGCCACUUCCUUUUGACCAAUCUCCUCAUGGGAAAGAUCCUGGCCUCGAAGACCCCGCGCAUUGUGGUUGUCUCUAGCAACGUGCACCGUAUUGGCCACAUCCACUGGUCCGAUCCGAACUUCAACGGGGGCAAACACUACCAGCGGUGGCUAGGAUAUAGCCAGUCAAAGACGGCCAAUGCUUUGAUGGGUGUCUCGCUGGCCGAGAAGCUCGGCCACCGCGGCCUUCUCGCCUUUCCGAUAUGUCCAGGGGUCAGUCUCACGAACCUGGCAGCACAUGGGAGGGAAGAUUUGGCCGCGUUCUCCGCGGACCUCACUGAUAUGGAUAAUAUCUAUGGCAACAAGUGGUUGUGGGGCAUGGCCGAGAUGAAGAUCAAAGACUUGGAUCAGGGAGCUGCCACACAUGUUUUUGCUGCGUUUGACACCAGUAUUGCGAACCAGAAUGGGGCCUUCCUAAGCGAUUGCCAUGCCGCAGAUCCUGAUAUGGAAGAAGUGCAUUCGUGGGCAACAAGCAAGGUCGAUGCAGAGAGGCUAUGGAGAAUGAGCGAGAAGCUUGUCGGUCAGGAGUUCAAAUAUUAG